GGGCUAUAAGUCCUCCAGCCUCAUCUGGUUUCUCAGAGUCUGUCUCCUCAACGAACACACACAUGAAGACAGAAGCAUGAUACAGUGUGAGGCACUCAGCUGGGCAGAAUUCUAUUAGAGCGGCUGCGGAGCAUUUGUCAAGCCUGGACUUUGGCCAAAAGGAGAACUAAAACCACUUGACUGCUGAACUGGAAAUCAUUCCAGCAAACCUUGAAAAUCAGAAAGGAGGGAAAUAAAAACGUGUGACGCCAGGGUACAUCCAGUUCCAUGAUGGCAAUCCCAACUGACUUCUCUUUUUCUAACUCCACCUCUUCCCCUUUCUAUGUGAAUACCACCACGCCUGCAUUUGCAGCAGCUUGCAGAGACUGGUCCCCCAUGCCCAUGACUACUGCCAUUCCCAUCGUCUAUGGUAUUAUCUCAGUACUAGGAACUAUAGCCAACGGCCUGGCGGUGUGUGUGUUGGCGCACGGCAGCACCUCACGGAGGACAGUGGCUAACACAUUCAUGUUAAACCUGUGCGUUUCUGACCUGCUGUUCCUGCUCUCCCUCCCGCUGUGGGCCGUCUACUACUCCCAGAACUACAGCUGGACCUUUGGCCGAAUGGCCUGCAAAAUCUGCGGAGCCAUCCUGAAUCUCAACCUCUAUGCAUCCAUCUUCUUCAUCACGUGCAUGAGCAUGGACCGCUACUUGGCCAUCGUCCAUCCUUUCCGCUCCCAGAUUGCACGGGACACCAGACGUGCCCAGUGCACAUGCGUAGUGGUGUGGAUUCUAGCAAGUGCUUGUUCGGCUCCAAACUUCGCUCUGAGAGAAACUCACCACCUUCCGGAUAGGCGAGUUGACGCAUGCGUGGUUUUAUACCCCAGUGAUGCGUGGUAUCUAACCCUGACCUGGAUGAAGAUCGGCCUUGCUUUCCUGCUACCACUACUUGCCAUCUGUUGUUGCUACUGUGCCAUUGGGAGACAUUUGCUGGCUGACACAGGUUUACGGCAGAUGCAGAGUCCCUCACAUCACCCCAGCAUGCCCUCUUUUAAAUCAUCACAGUCUCAGGAGGGGGGCAAUAAACCAGAGCAACUUUCUACAGCCAGUGUCACUCCAAGCUGCAGUAAGAGCAAAUCCCUGAUGGGCAGAGGGGUGGAGAGGGUUCUGUGGACGGUAGCGAUUGUGGUCCUGGCAUUCUUCCUCUGCUGGUUCCCUUUCCACUGUGUGACUUUCUUGGCAAUGAUUCACGAUCACGGCUGGCUGGACAGCUGCUGGGUAACCUGGACCAUCCAAAACCUCACACCCCUAACCCUUUGCCUUGGCUUCUCCAACUCAGCAAUCAACCCUGUGCUUUACUGCUUUAUCGGGAACCAUUUCAGGGGCCGCCUGGGAGGCCUCUGUAAAGGCCUGUGUGCUUGUGUGAAGGCCCGAAGAGAGGAACACAGCCAGAAGAGGAGCUCAUUCAGCACCAGGCUGAGCUCCUUCUCUCGAAAACUCAGUGAUCUUAAAGAUCUGGCUAUUGUGGAGACUUCUAAUCCCUCGUAGCGGUCCAAAGAAAAUGAACCGUCCCAUAAAGAAUGAAUGAUGACUGCUGUAGCACCAAGCAUGGGGUUCAGGGGUCAAAGGGAGUUAAAGAGCGCCUGCUGGUAUUGCAAAUAUGUAGAAAAGUAUAUCUGUGAAUGUGAUGGAAAAGGACCCAAAAAAAACAGAACUUGAAACAAGAAACAAUCAUGAAUCCAAGUACGGGUUUUAACUUGGUUUUAAACUGCUAAGUUACACAAAGUAACACUAAGAAGUUUUAGUUUUCUACUUUUGUCUUUUAGAUAUGUUUUAUAAUGACCAACAAUUGAAUUUCUAAAUAACAAAAAGCAAUAUUUAUAUACCUUUUACUCACUUAAAGAAAAAAAAAAUCACAACACAUAAAUAACAUUAUAGAAGUGAGUUAACAUUUGUCAAAUGUUCGUCUUUAUCAACUUGAAAUCAGUUCUGAGGACCUUUGUUUAUACAGUUCUGCUUUCAGUAGCUUGUAAAUGUAUGAUUUUUUAAAUGUUUAUAUAUGUUAAAGCCAUUGACUGUAAAUGAGAAUUGGGAUGAGUGAGUGUGACAUCACCCUUAGAAAAUGGCUGACAUUUGGCUCAAAAUGAAGCCAAUUCUGCUGCCAGUUUUUAAUGAUACAAAAGCCGGCGUGUCGGAGCCAUGGGUCGUCAGUAACCAGUGAUUGGUCAGAGCUGGUCUGAGUCAAUGUUUCUAUGGCAACCACUCUUACCAAACAGGGGUGAGCUUCUAGGAAGUCUACUCACCUAUCGCUUGAAAGCUGGCAACACAAAACCUUUCAAAUGGGGGAACCAGCAGGCACCACCUACUUUCACUGAGGCAUCUGAUUGGCCAGAUUAUGACUUGCAUAACUUGCACUACAGAACAAUAUAAUGAAAAUAAUAGAAUGAGUAAGAACAUGCUUAACUAAAGGUAGCUGAGCAAGAAUGGUUAUUCUGACAAGUAGAAUGACUGAGUAAUAGCUGUUUAUGUCUCAAUAGAAGUCUAUGGGAUUUUGGGACCAGCGGUUACUUCCUGUUUGGAACUUCAGGAGGGAGGGGUCACUCAGUCCAGUUCUCAUAUACAGUUAAAGGUUAAUGCUAAAAUAGUAAGUUGACACAAGUUGUCAUAACACAAUUGAAGGAUGCUGUUAAAGGACAUAAAUGACACCAAUGUUGUCUUUCUCAAUGUAUAUUCACAAUUACUUUAAGGGAUCAAAAUUUGGUUGUAAUCUAAAAGUAACACUUGACUGUAACAUUCUGUACAUACAGUUCAAAUAAUAAAGUAAAGAUAUAAAUAUUUGCCCCAAAAAA